CUUAGCACACUGUUUAAUAGCCUAGAAAAUUAGUAUUAUUUUUACGCACAAUGCGUUAUAACAACUCAUGAUGAAAUUGAAAAUAAGUACAAUAACAUUGAUAUUUUGUAUUUGCGCAGGGAUACAAGUCAGUGGUAAAAGUAUUUCAAUACAGAUUGAUUCUGAUGACCUAUUGAAAGUUUUGAAAGGAUUGCCCGGUUUAGAAGUCGGCAAUUAUCGAAAAAUUCUCACCGCUAGACGUGAGAAUUUUAGCAAACAAGCCUACAACAAUCCUUAUCAUCCUGAAGACGACAAUAUGAGUGAAAAAGAGAUUCCUUUGUUUAAUUCAAACAAAUAUUUGAAAAAAUCAAGCAAACUUGGGAUUACAGGUCAAGAAAAUUCCCGUCUUGAAGCAAAAAUUGACAAUGAGAAUAAAGCCUUUUUUAAAGAUAGAAAUGCAAGGAAUAUACUACUCUCUAAUGAGAGUAGAAAUGAUAGUAAAGAAGAUGAAUUAACGGAUCACAAUAUCAUUGAAAAAAAUAAAAAUCAAGACGAAAAAUUUAAUUUAACGGAAAACAUAAGUAAGAUUUUUAAAGACCAGGAAUUAAAACCUUUGAAAAGAAGAUAUGAACUAAUAAACACCAGACAGUAAAAAUGUUAAGUAUAUCGUAUAUCAUAAUAUAUUUUAAAUCCUGAAUCUGA